AUGAAGAAAGAAUUUGUAAAAAUUCACAUUAACGAGUUAAGUUCAAUCGGUGUGACGAGCGAAGAUUUGUGUACUACCCCCUUCGGCGUAGACAGUCUCCUUGGUGCCAACACACGAAAAAAGUCAUUCUCCUGCACGCAUACCGUUUCGACACCCUUUUACGGCACCAACUGUUUCUCGUGUGUUGAAUUGGACCGGCAGAAAAAUUGUGCGGAUAAGGCAUUGGCGCAGUGCUACGGUAAAGAAGGGGGGGAUUACUCACUGGGGGAAAGUCAAACAGGUGGAUUCCCAUCGAGGGAGAAUAAAAUGGAGGACUCCCCGAGUAAAGAAAACGAAAGGAAGAAAUUCUCGAGGGAAUCACACCGAGACAGAACCCAUCAGGAGGACCGCCCCCUCCGGGCGAACACGACCUCCCAAAAGGACGGAAUGUGCCACAGCGUAAACGCACUCUUCUGCAGAUCCAGGAACAGAGACCUGUUUAACGAGCGCAAUAAUGAAAUAAUGGUGAAUGAUCAGGGAGGAGACCUUCAUCAACGACGACGGGGCGCAUCGAGGAGAGAAGACGUCGCGAUGGUGGGGCCCAACAUGGACGUCUCCUUCGACAGCGACUUGAGGGGAGUCCAAAUUGCUGUCCCCGACUUGAAGUCCCACGCUUUCCAGGCGGGCACCGUGCUGAGCAAGAAGAACUCUGUGGGGAGGCGCCACCGGCGCGGCGCCAGGACGGAGCGGCAGGAGCGGCAGGAGAGGCAGGAGAGGCAAGAGAGGCAGGAGAAGCAGAUUGAGCAGGCGAGGCAGAUGCAGCAGUCGAGGCAGACUGAGCGGGCGAAGCAUACUCAGCAGACGAAUCAAAUGCAGCAAGUGCACGUGGGAGAGGAGGGUCAGACGGACCGGCCGAACCAGGAGAGAUCCACCACAAACGUGGACAAAAUGAAGGCAAAGCUGGACGAACUAACGAACAAGGAGAAGCGCCGAGAUAUGGAAAACGCCUAUAUGAAGUACAUCUACAAAAGAGACGAAUCAGAGGAGGUCCACGCAGAGAAGCGUGAUAGAUAUGUCACUUUCGGAAGCGAAGAAAAUGAUGCAUUCAAAAAUGGAGAAAUACCAGACAGAAGAAAAAACACACCAAGGACAUACAAAGACCAACUUAGCAGUGUAAUCAACCUAAGACACUCACAUGUUGAAAAAAAUGUGCAAGGAUUUGGGGAGACAUUAAAAUUUAUGAAGUAUAGGGAGCUGCUGAGGAAGUACAUGGGGACCUUCUACAACUACAGUGCAGUAAAAUGUGCAACGUACAUCAUCCUGUAUGCCCUAAUAGUAAAAAUAAUUACACAAGUAUCAAAAAAUUUAACUACAUCUAGUGGUGCUGUUCCUAGUGAGAAAUCAAAUAAUAUUAACGUAGUGUGGUAUAGUGAUUCUAAUUUAUUUCUGAACGUACACGAUGUGGAUGGGAUCAUACAAUCGGUCUGCUAUGUGUCUCUCCUAGUGUGUAUCUUCCUGCUGCUAAAAUUGGGCAUUCCAUCGAAUUACUUGCUGGCGGGGAGACUAACCAUUUUAUUUAUGUUUUUGUUCUUUGCCCAAAUCCCCAUUAUGAUUUACACCAAUUUUAUGGUGCUGAAAAAGGAGGAAGGGAUUGCCAAAGCACAAGCAAAGGUGUUCGAUAAAAAGGACUAUUUCAAUUUGAACAUGCAGAGAGUGUAUGACGUGUUUUACAUAGACACACUUAACUUACUAAUAUACACAAUUCUGUUGAGUCUCGUUUCUUUGUAUGCUACUUACCAUAAGCUCAUUUAUCCACAUCUCCUGAAAUUUUAUUUAGACACGAUUUUUUUGAGCUCCUACACUAUAGUUAAAAAAGAAGUUAUUCAGUUUAGGGUUCCCAACAAUAUCGAUGCGUAUUACCUCAACCAAAUGAAUAGCUACUUGUUUAACUCGCUUUAUAAAAAACAGGAGGACUUGACGAAGGAUGACUUGGAGAGUAACACGAGGAGUGCUAUUGGGUAUAAUAUUGUCAUUAAGAAGGAGCGCUGCUCUCUCUUCAUGCGUCUCUUCAGGCGGAACGCCUCCGACGAGGGGGGGCACGCCAACGGGAGAAGUGGGAGAAGUGGGAGAAGUGGGAGAAGUCCACGAAGUGGGAGAAGUGCGAGAAGUCCACGAAGUUGGAGAAGUGCUCAAAGCGGGGGAAGUCCUCGAAGCGGGGGAAGUCCCCGAAAUCCUCGAAGUCCUCGAAGCCCUCGGAGUGUUAGGCGCACAUGUGGCUGGAGAAGACCCACCAAGACGCACGCGCGCAAGCAGUGGAACGUAAACUUCUACAUCAUCUUCUACAUCGGAGAGCUGGACGACCAGGGGAGACCGCACGGGUUUGGCUACUGGCGGGGGAUCAACUUGGAGGGCGAAGUGCUCAUCGGCUACUGGUUCCACGGUAUCCCCGUGGGCCCCUUCAAGUGUCGUGACUUCAAGACGGGCUCGGGGUUCAUGUGCAUAAAGAUUGGCUACGGACGCACCAACUGCGAGCCGAACGACUUGGACAUAGGUCUGGCGGACACCGAGUGCUGUGUGAGCGGAGCCUUCUACAGGACCUUCCCCCGAGUGGUAUUCUACGACCUGAGCUUAACAACUCCCAACCGAAGAAGCAAAAAAAAUGACCAAGGCAAACACGGAAUUAUGGAAAAGAGGGAGUGCUGCGAGUAUCUUCAUAUAAGCAGAGCCAGCAACGAUAUCCUGCGCAUUGACUACACCAAGCUUCUACAAGACAGUGAGGUUGAUCAGGAAGGGGAAGCUGACCGCGUCAGGCUAGAUGAAGAGCACAAAAUUGAUGAACAUAGCGACAUAGGUGAGAGCAAUUCUGAGAGACCAAAGAGGAGGAGCAGAAUGAUGGGAAUGGUGAGAAGAACAGGAACGAAAGGAGCAAAAGGGGCAAAAGGAGCAAAAGGGGCAAAAGGAGCAAAGGGAGCAAAAGGAGCGAAAGGAGCAGAAGGAAAAAAAGGAAGAAGCUUUAUCAGUGCCUCCAGAAUAGAGGACCAUAGAAAGAGAUCCAAAAACAGGUCUACCAUGACGUUCGAUGAGAUCCCCCCAUCCAUCGUUAACAAUGAUUCAUUCCUAAAAGGAGAGUUACUAAAUUAUGAUGACAUUUGCAACCUGAGUUACGAUUUUAACGACCUGACUCUGGACAAUGAAAUACAUUCCGUGGAAAUGCCAACCCUGUUGGACGAAGGCGACACGCACAUCACCGACGUUGAGCACCUCCCGCGCGCUGAAAUGGGUGCAACCAAAUUGAGCGAAAGGAAGCACUCUGGGAAUAGAGUCGGAAGGUCAGUUAAGUAUGUCAGUCAGAUAAAACGGAAGGGCCUCGCAGAACGGGAAUUAGCUAUCCCGUUCGAGAAGCCAAGUUUGGAGCUGCGGGCGGGGGGGAAAAAGACACGCAGGGGGAGUCAGAAGAGGGAGCAUAAAAGGGUGCGGCUGCACAUGGGCGAUGUGGGGAAGCGGGACGAAGUGGGGCACACCCAUGUGGGGAAGCGGAACGAAGUGGGGCACACCCAUGUGGAGAAACGGGACGAAGUGGGACACACUAAUGUGGAGAAACAGAACGAAGUGGGACACACCCAUGUAGAGAAACGGGACGAAGUGGGGAACUCCGUGGCACCCCCCGUAGAGUCAGGAAGCCCAGACGCGGCCAAGGAAGGAGAUGCAACCAAGGAAGGGGACGCAACCAAGGAAGGAGAUGCAACCAAGGAAGGGGACGCAACCAAGGGAGGAGACGCGGACCAACACAACGGAGAGACCAACGGGGAGACCAGCGCGAAGAGAAAAAUCAAAAGGCACAUCGGCUACAGCAUGACCAACACCUUACUGCACCUAAGGAAAUUCAAACACUUGAAGAUACGAAAAAAAACAAAAAAAAAAAGCAUGCAGGCAAAAGAAAAAUCGAAAGAGAAAGAAAAAGCAAAGGAAAAAGAGAAGGAAAAAACCAAAACGAAUAGGAAGAAGAGAAGCUCGGGGGGAAGAAAGACGUUCCUACCCAGGGCACUCUCGGGAACUUUGCCAAAAUUAAAAAUAAAAAAAAAAAAAAUCUUCUUUUCCGACACAAUAACAAAUGUAUACAAAACCAAAUGCAUGAACAUUAUUCUACAGAACUUAUGCCCACACAUGCCUAACUUUGGCAUCCUAUACAACACCGACUUGCAUAUAUCGAUUGAUGCGGAGAGGGGACUCUAUAUCACUGGUUAUAUUAACAAAAAAAACUGCAACUUCAUACAUGAUAAGACGAGAAAAAACGAGUUCGAAGACAGCGAGGUCAAAAUUAAAAUUAUAAAGAAAAGGAAAAACACACUUAACUAUAAGAAGGGGACAAAUAGGAGACUCUACUCCUGGAUUGAUAACAUAAAGGAGCUGAGUUUAGACGGCUGGAUUAAAUGUGAAUUGGCUGGCUGCCUAGAGGCGGUAAUUUUUAUCCAUGGGUAUAACACCAGUCAUUUGGAGGCCCUGCAAAUUUUGGGGCAGAUGGCGUCUUUUGGCAACUUUCCUAAUUACAUCAAGCUGUUCCUUUUCAAUUGGCCCUCGGGGAAGAACUUCCUCGAGUUCUUCGUCGCCAAGGACAACUCCAAGAACAAGAAGGUGCACCACGCGUUCAAGUGCUUCCUGGACACGCUGCGGAGUAACGGAAUCCGGCACGUCCACAUCAUCACGCACAGCAUGGGGACGAGGAUGUUCCUGCUGGCCUUCCACGACAUCGUGAAGAGUGACCUCUUCUCGACAAUCGACGAGAAGGAAACGGGGACAAAUAACCUCACCAAGAUGAAGCUCAUCACACUCACGAUGAUGAACCCAGAGUACUACCUAACUGACUUUGUAAACAAGGAGUAUGUAUUCCUUCGUUCCUUCUGUACAGUUAUAUCCAUUUAUUGUGAUUCAAACGACAAGGCAUUGAAAUGGGCAGAAAUAUUUAGUGGAACCAAAUCCCUUGGAAAAAAUGUAUUCGAUUUAAACAUAUGUAAAGAUAGCCACUAUAAGGGAUCGAAUAGGAUGGAAAAUUACGUCUUCGAUAGUAACAAAUUGGAUUAUUUUUCCAUCCCAGUUGGGAAUAAAACGAAUGAGAGUGAUGAUAGUUUUCAAGAACCCAAAUUAGUUUCGUCCUUUUUGGACUGUGAGAAUUUUGAUAUGUCAAAUGAAAAAAUGAGAAAUAAAGAAAUGAUGAUGACUACACUUGUACAGAGACUGAAAAAACUUUUUCUUUUUUUUUGUAAAAAGAGAAACCGUGUCGACUCGAAUGACUUUAAUGAGCAAACAUCUAUAGAGAAUGAUCAGGGGAAGUCCAACACGGAUAUGGCUCACCACAAGUUUGUGCAUCAGCCACCUAUGUUUAGGAAUACACUCCUCGUUUUUACGGGAAUAGAACCCAUUUACUGCUACAGAGAUAAUCGUGAUUGGCUAGAUGUAGAUGUAAUCGAUACUACUUGGUUAGGAUCAAAUGUACAUACCUUGAGACACUCCUACUGGUCGUUGAACAGAGAAAUUAUUGAGGACAUUCGAGAACUCAUUGUCACUAGGAAAAGGGCUCGACAACGGACGUCUAGACUCGACCGCCGAGAGGGCAACGUCUGGGUUUACAGAGUCGCCCCUUCUCACCUGAAGUCCAUAUUCGAUUCGGACAUAUGA